GUAUCGAAUAGGGCCCACCACCACCGGAAGUUGGCAUUGCUCAAUCUGUUAUUUAUUCUGUUAUGGUUGUAGUUCCUCUUUUCUGAAGAUUGAGUCACUGUCCAGUCUCAUUUUCCUGUGUUCUUGUGUUCUAGCCCUGACUGUCAUUUUAUACUAAAUCAGGAAUCUUAUUAAGUCUACGUUUUGAAGUCAAGCUACCUUUAAAGAGUCAAGCUACCUUUAAAGUUACGUAGGCUUUGUAGUGUAGGGUAGGCCUACGCCUUGGAUUUGGACUUGGUUGGGUUGUGUCCACUGCCACUGGUGUUUAGUUACAGAACUAUCUAAUCUACUCACUGAGUACUUUUUCUGAGGUGUGGUGUGAACCAAAACACUACUGACUACCUACUACCUAGACACCAUGUCACGAUACCAACAGUCGUCUAAUCCCUUUGAUGAUGAUGACGAUAAUCUUGAUUCUGAUUUCGUGAUGGUGGGAAACAAAAAAAACCCAAAUGCUCAGGCUGUCAGUUCAACGAACAGGGGGGCUUCUUCAAGCCAGCCUCAGGACAGAUAUCAAAAGCAGAGCCAUUAUUCUUCCUACGAUUCUCACUACCAUGAAGAGAACAGUCCUUUUGAGGAUCGUCGUCAGCAGAUGAUGAGGAAAAUUGAAAAUUCCGAAAAUACUCAGCUUGAAAGUACACAAAGAGCUCUUGCCAGCAUUUAUGACUCGGAAGCAAUGGGUGUUGCUACAGCAGAGGCAGACUGAGAGCAACGAUUGAGAAGACGGAGCGAUCAAAACCUGACGUGAGAGGCUUCUACGAUGACGAGGAGAAUGACCUAGAUUCCAAGUUCAUGGCUGGUGCGCGCAAACCUGGCAGUGUGGCGGGGGGCUACAAGGUCAUUUCUCCGGUCACUCGCACAGCUAGAGAGGAAGAGAUUGACAGCAACCUCC